AUGAGCAGCUGUGUAAGUUACUAUUCUUACAGUUGGAAAAGCUUGAAACAGACUUGUUGUUGUUGUUGUUUAGUCGUUUAGUCAUGUCCAACUCUUCAUGACCCGAUGGACCAGAGCACACCAAGCACUCCUGUCUUUCACUGCCUCCCGCAAUUUGGUCAAACUCAUGCUGGUAGCUUCAAGAACACUGUCCAACCAUCUUGUCCUCUGUCGUUCCCUUCUCCUUGUGCCCUCCAUCUUUCCCAACAUCAGGGUCUUUUCCAGGGAGUCUUCUCUUCUCAUGAGGUGGCCAAAGUAUUGGAGCCUCAGCAUCAGGAUCUGUCCUUCCAGUGAGCAAUCAGGGCUGAUUUCCUUAAGAAUUUAUUCGUUUGAUCUUUUUGCAGUCCAUGGGACUCUCAAGAGUCUCCUCCAGCACCAUAAUUCAAAAGCAUCAAUUCUUCGGCGAUCAGCCUUCUUUAAGGUCCAGCUCUCACUUCCAUACAUCACUACUGGGAAAACCAUAGCUUUAACUAUACAGACCUUCAUAGAAUCAUAGAAUCAUAGAGUUGGAAGAGACCACAAGGGCCAUCGAGUCCAACCCCCUGCCAAGCAGGAAACACCUUCAGAGCACUCCUGACAUAUGGUUGUCAAGCCUCUGCUUAAAGACCUCCAAAGAAGGAGACUCCACCACACUCCUUGGCAGCAAAUUCCACUGUCGAACAGCUCUUACUGUCAGGAAGUUCUUCCUAAUGUUUAGGUGGAAUCUUCUUUCUUGUAGUUUGGAUCCAUUGCUCCGUGUCCGCUUCUCUGGAGCAGCAGAAAACAACCUUUCUCCCUCCUCUAUGUGACAUCCUUUUAUAUAUUUGAACAUGGCUAUCAUAUCACCCCUUAACCUCCUCUUCUCCAGGCUAAACAUGCCCAGCUCUCUUAACCGUUCCUCAUAAGGCAUCGUUUCCAGGCCUUUGACCAUUUUGGUUGCCCUCCUCUGGACACGUUCCCGUUUGUCAAUGUCCUUCUUGAACUGUGGUGUCCAGAACUGGACACAGUACUCCAGGUGAGGUCUGACCAGAGCAGAAUACAGUGGCACUAUUACUUCCCUUGAUCUAGAUGCUAUACUCCUAUUGAUGCAGCCCAGAAUUGCAUUGGCUUUUUAGCUGCCGCGUCACACUGUUGGCUCAUGUCAAGUUUGUGGUCAACCAAGACUCCUAGAUCCUUUUCACAUGUACUGCUCUCAAGCCAGGUGUCCCCCAUCUUGUAUUUGUGCCUCUCAUUUUUUUUGCCCAAGAUUGAUUGGCCCAAGAUUGAUUGGCAAGAUGAUGUCUCUGCUUUUUUCAUCACCACAAAAAGCAGAGACUAGUUGUAUAGGCUUCCUAAGGCAAGGUAGCAUUAUGAGGCAGUUUUCUGCCAGCUGUAGGUUGAUGUACAAUAUCAACUUAGGGCAAAUUAUUAUGAGUUGACUUACACAUUGGUUGACCACCACGCACAAUAAAAAAAAUGAGAAUUUGUAACCAAAUUGAUUAUUCAGAAUAUCAGCCUGCCAAGCAGCCUUUACAAAGCCUGAAUGGAGAACUUAUGGACUUUCAGAUGCCAUUGGACUACAUAAUCUCUAGCCACUGGUCAUGCUUGCUGAGUUGGAGUCCAGUGGCAGCUGAAGAACCACAGAUUACAUAUUGUUGUUUUACAGAGACACACUAAACAUAAUGAACCUACUAGGCACAUCCAAAUGUACAGAUGUACGGAAGUGUUUCUCAGCAGAACUGCCUCAAAACUUGAAUGGAUUUUCUUUGGAUGGGUAUGUGCUCUGAAAUAGAUGGAUAUAUAAAAGCUAACCUGCACUUAGCAUCUGUGAUGAGCUGCUAAUUCGAGCAAUAGGGAAUCUAGAGUCUUCUCCAAACAUAUGCAAACAUUACAAUCUUCUCACUGCAAAACCUGCAUUGCUAACACAAGCCGAGGAACGACCAGCUGUGACAAUCAGCCCAUUUCAUUUUCAAAUUACAUCCUUUGGUCCAUUAAUUAAUCCUGAACUCUGGGAGCUAAGGAUUUACAGGUGAAACUCAGAAAUUUAGAAUAUCGUGGAAAAGUUCAUUUAUUUCAGUAAUUCAACUUAAAAGGUGAAACUAAUAUAUGAGAUAGACUCAUGUCAUGCAAAGCGAGAUAUGUCAAGCCUUUAUUUGUUAUAAUUGUGAUGAUCAUGGCGUACAGUUGAUGAAAACCCCAAAUUAACAAUCUUAGAUAAUUAGAAUAUUAAAUGAAAUCAGCAAAACAAGGAUUGCAAAUAGAGCAAUAUUGGACCUCUGAGAAGUAGAAGCAUGCAUAUGUACUCAGUACUUGGUUUGGGCCCCUUUUGCAUCAAUUACUGUUUCAAUGCAGCGUGGCAUGGAUGCUAUCAGCCUACGGCACUGCUGAGGUGUUAUGGAAGACCAGGAUGCUUCAAUAGCAGCCUUCAGCUCUUCUGCAUUGCUUGGUCUCAUGUCUGUCAUCUUUCUCUUGGCAAUGCCCCAUAGAUUCUCUAUGGGGUUCAGGUCAGGCGAGUUUGCUGGCCAAUCAAGCACAGUAAUCCCAUGGGCAUUGAACCGGGUUUGGGUACUUUUGGCAGUGUGGGCAGGUGCCGAAGUCCUGCUGGAAAAUGAAGUCAGCAUCCCCAUAAAGAUCGUCUGCGGAAGGAAGCAUGAAGUGCUUCAAAAUCUCCUGGUAGACGGCAGCAUUGACCCUGGACUUAAUGAAGCACAGUGGACCAACACCAGUUGAUGACAUGGCUCCCCAAAUCUCUUUUCUGAUGAGAGCAGCUUUUGCAUCUCAUUUGGAAACCAAGGACCCAGAGUCUGGAGGAAGAAUGGGGAGGCACACAAUGCCAGAUGCUUGAAGUCCAGUGUGAAGUUUCCACAAUCUGUGUUGAUUUGGGGAGCCAUGUCGUCAGCUGACACUACAGUAAAAUGGAACUCGCAUGCCUACAAUGAGAUGUGCAACUGCUGCAGGGAUUUUUUUUUUUAAAAGAAGGUAACAAGUUUGCCGCUGCAGUUCAAAGCAUUGGACAAUAUAUUUGUCAAUGUAACAUCCAUGCUGCACGCACUGGGGUUACUUCUAAAGGAUAGACUGGUUGUUCACACUGGGAAAAUGAAAUUGGGGAACAUAUUCUGCCAGUUCAGGGUGGAGGAAUGAAAACACCAGUGGCACAAGGGAUCAGCACACCUGGCUGUUAACUAGAAGAUUGGUGGUUCGAGUCCACCCAGGGGCGGCUGUGGGCAGGAUCCCUUCCAACUCUAGUGUUUGAUGAUUUUACAUUCUCUCACACACAGAGAGAGGGAUGGAAAAUCAAUUAUUUUAAACCAAUCUAAAGUUUCACCCCAAUUUUUCUGUGUAAGUGCUGCAGGGAUGUGGAUGCAGCUGCAUCAAAGAGUGUUCACACAUCAGAUAGUUGAUGCUAAGGUUUUUUAAAAAAAAUAAUAAUAAUUUGGUGCUAGGUUGAAAGUUGUGGACAUGUGUCCUAUAAGGAAGAAAAUCUGGAGCGGUACUGAGUACAGAAUGUUUGAAGAAAGCUAAGCUUUUGCGUCUCUGCAUUCUCAUUUUUAAGAACAAAGUACACUCACGUUUCUCACGCAGUUUUACAACAGGAUUAUAAAUCCAGGUCCAUGUCUGAACCUAAGUUGCUUCGGAGACCUUUGUCCCCAAAGGGGAAGACUGAACGGGCUGGACCAAGCAGAAAAGGCCGAAAAGGUAAUGUGGCACAAUGGGUAACCUGAGAUUGGGCAUACCAUUGAUUAACCAUGGUCUAUUCAAUGGUUUGAGGGACGCGGGUGGCCCUGUGGGUUAAACCACAGAGCCUAGGACUUGCCGAUCAGAAGGUCGGCGGUUCGAAUCCCUGCGACAGGGUGAGCUCCCAUUGCUCGGUCCCUGCUCCUGCCAACCUAGCAGUUCGAAAGCACGUCAAAGUGCAAGUAGAUAAAUAGGUACCGCUCUGGCGGGAAGGUAAACGGUAUUUCCGUGCGCUGCUCUGAUUCGCCAGAAGCGGCUUAAUCAUGCUGGCCACAUGACCUGGAAGCUGUACACCGACUCCCUCGGCCAGUAAAGCAAGAUGAGCGCUGCAACCCCAUGGUCGGCCACGACUGGACCUAAUGGUCAGGGGUCCCUUUACCUUUUAUUCACUGGUUUACAACUUGAAACUUGGGCAGUGCUCUUCUGGGCAUCUAUGCCAAUAAUGAGUCCACUGUGAUCAGUGGAGCUCAUUUCUUAGUAUGGAGGGAGGGGUGUCUGAGAAGAGAGUUCUCCCACCACUAUAGUGCCUUCUCUCCAAAAACACUCAAGGAAGGCACAAAGCACAUACUGCUCAAGUGUCCUGAUUUAAGUGGGACAUCCCGGAAUUACAGAAGCCAUCCCUGCUUCUGACUGAAUCCUAGAAUGUCCCAUUUUUGGGUUCAGCACUCUGGUGCAAGUUAGCGGGCUCGUGCCAGAGCACUGAACCCUAAAGUGCUCAUUUUCUGGUCUUGCGCCACAGCACUGGACAAAAAUGAAAAUGUUUGUUUUCUGGUCUCAUGCUCCAGUCCAAGCUUGCCGGCUCCUGUGACAGCUUGGGACCGAAAAAAUUAAGUGUCCCAAUUUGGAUCAGCCAGAUGUUGGAGGAUAUAAAAGCAGGACUGAAGAGAGUGGCUUGAGCCCCGACAGAGGCCUAGACAGUUGCAUUUGGGCCCAUGAGCCUGAUAUUCCCUAUCUAUGCUUUAACCCAGCACUCUUAACAAACUGCAAUUUCCCAGAGAGUGCCAUUUUCUGGUUUGCCUCAGGCAGCAAAAUGUCUUGGGCCAGCCCUGCUUUUCACUUCUUCAAAAGGCAUUGCAAAUUACUGUCUUUUUUUAAUAAGGAAGCAAAAUUCCCUCUCCACACCCAAGGCUGAGUUAAUUCUAUUUAGGAAACAUUAGUUUGCACUUUAAAUAGCCUGACUUUUCUUUUUGUGUACAACUGUCCUAUUUCAUUACAGGUGCUCAUGAGGAAGAUACAAAAUUCAAAGGAAAACAUGGCACUGAUUAUGGCCAGCUUCAUUUGCCUGAGAAGAGCCAAGCAAUUUGUUUGA